AUUAUUAAUCUGUCAUUGUCAUUGUGCCAACCUCCAUUUCGCUUCAAAUUGUGUGUGUUGAAAAUAAAUCAUUUUUUUUCGAUAAAAAUUGUUCCCUCAGGCCAUUUCUAGCGACUCAUUUACUCGAAAUAAAAAAUUUAUUUGCAUCCGCAUCAGCACACAAUAUGAUCAAAUUAUUCAGUUUGAAACAGAAAAAGGAUGGCGACCCGAUCAAAGGUACACAGAAAAAGUCUAGCGCAGCUCAGCUUAGAAUACAAAAAGACAUAAACGAUUUAAGUUUGCCGAAAACAUGUAACACCGACUUUCCCGAUCCAGAUGAUUUGUUAACGUUUAAAUUGAUCAUAUGUCCGGAUGAAGGUUUCUACAAACAAGGGCGCUUCGUGUUCAAUUUCAAGGUGGGCCCAAACUAUCCACACGAACCACCGAAGGUAAAAUGUGAGACUGCUGUCUAUCAUCCGAACAUUGAUCUUCAGGGUAACGUUUGUCUGAAUAUAUUGCGAGAAGAUUGGAAGCCUGUGCUAUCAAUUAACUCGAUCGUUUACGGCUUGACGCAUCUUUUCUUGGAGCCGAAUGCCGAAGAUCCGCUGAAUAAAGAAGCAGCGAAUGUACUGAGCACCAACCGAAGACUAUUCGAACAGAAUGUGGCGAAAGCGAUGCGAGGCAGCUACAUUGGUGGUACCUAUUUUGAAUCAUGCCUCAAGUGAUACAUAAAAUCAAAGUUUACGUUGUGCGUCUAUUUACUAAUUUUAACAUUGGGCGGGCGUAUUUAUAUUCAUUUUAAAUGGUAAACAAAAAGAAACCACAACAACAACAACAACCAAUUUAAAAAAAAUCAAUUGCAAAAUUUCUAAAUGAACAAGACCAGCUUUCAAGUUUUCGAUGUAAUGAUUACGUUUUCAGGAUUAAUGAGAUUCAUUCAUAUGAUUACUAUUAUAAAGCGAAACGUUGAAGUUUUUUGUUCGUUUUUUUUUUAUUUUUUAAAUUACGACAACUUUACGAGUUGAUUAGAUAGAUGCAUCCCAUCCAUCCAGCUUUAUUACGUUCAUAGUUCUACAUUUUCAUUCUUCUUUUGUAAUUCAAUUUUUUUAAAGUGCAAAAUCCUUUGAAACAUGUUUGAGAAGGAAGCUAGAUUCAAGCUUAGUCCAUUAGAAAUUUAUAGUGAAAUAUUGUAGACCCAGAGCCUGUGUGCAUUACAGUCGCUCCUUAGUCUACAGUUUGAUACUUGUACACCCGAUUUGUUCAUGGACAUUGAGAUUAUUUGAGCGCUAAGUGAACCAUAAAUGUGGAUGUCCCAGCCGUCAUACAUUGAUCAGAAUUCCAAUUGGUGUCAUAUUGAAGGUAGUGUAAUGUAUGACGAAUGUAAAUUGAAAAUCAAAUUUUUGUUGAAAUUAACUGAUCUCGGGAUCAGCUUUCAACAAUUAUAGAAUGCAAAAAUAAAUUGAGAGCGAAGUUCAGUUUGAAUUUGCAUGCGGUUAUUUUGACGUUUGACAUGUGACAGGUCAGGUAUCCAGAUCACAGAUACACCUGAAAUUUGAUCCCAUUCACUUAAAUUUUUAUUGGCCUUCAGAUUUUAGGUAAAAAUUUUUCAGGCGUCAGGGUUCAGUUCUAAUCAGGCUCAGUUAAUCUGAGCUUCAGGUUUCAGACGACUUGAUCAGUUCCGAGCCGUACGUUUGACAGAGAUCAGUUGAAGUAAACUAGUCAAUUCAGGUCUGUUAUAUCACAAUUAUGGUCAGCAGCCUGCUAUAAAAUGGUGCUAACUGUUCGAACUAUCUAAUAAAUCGAAAUUCAAAUUGAAUUUUGGCGGUGUAUUUUCGCUCAUUUCGACAUUGCCCUCGAGGCUAAUUAGGUUUAACUGUGCCGAAAUCUCUCUCUCCGUUAUCACUGCAAGCAAAUUUCAUUUUUCAGUUUCAUGAGACAUUCGCGUCCGACAUCAAUUUGUAUUCUAUGUGUCGGUUGAGAUAUAACAAGGAUAUAACAUAGGGCUCACAAAAAUAAAAUUUUGUAGAUCACAUGUGGCCGUGACCUUAUGAGGAACUGAUUUGCACACAGACUAUCAGUCCAUUGUAUUUUCUUUAUUUUUACAUUUUUUUUCUCCUCUCCUUUUUAUUCGUGAGUGAAUGGCCAUAAACAUCAUCAAUUUCAUUGUGUAAAUGUGAACUAACCAGAAUGGUUUACUGAGAAAAUGAUGUAAAAAAGAGUAACAAAAUUAUUGAUUAAUCACAUUUUCCGCAUUAUUCCGAAUUACAUAAAUGGAAAUCCGUUGAGAAAGAUGAGAAAACGAGUGGUUUGUUUAAGAGAGUCAAAUAGAAGAUGUAGAAAAGAAAAACAAGAAAAAAAUUUCGCAUGAACAAGAAGACGAAAGAAGAAUCUAAAAUUAAUAUAUUUAAACUGACGUGAGAAUGAGGAAUAAAACAAAAGAAAAUUCUAUGGUAAAA